UCUAACUUGAUCCCGGUGUGAACCGGACCCUGAUGCGGAUCCCGGACUCCGCAGGACUUUCACGGGACUUGUUGAGUAAACGGAGCCGCUGCUGUUUUUCGUCUUAGGUCGUUGUGGUCACAGACUGGUGAUGGGUCACAGGUUUGACCUCGGGGCUCGGCGACCCCGUGCCGUCCAGGCCACGCCCCCGCUCCUGCUGCUGCUGCUGCUGCUCCUCCCCCUGCUGGUGAUGGUGCUGGCGGAGGGCGGAGACUAUUAUGAGCUGUUAGGAGUCAACAGAGAGGCCACGACCAGAGAGAUACGACAGGCCUUUAAGAAGCUGGCGCUGACCAUGCACCCUGACAAGAACCCUGGCGACGCCUCGGCCCACGACAGGUUCCUCAAGGUGAACCGAGCGUACGAGGUUCUGAAGGACGAAGACCUGCGCAAGAAAUACGACAAAUAUGGAGAAAAGGGAUUAGACGAGCAACAGGGAGGACGCUACGAGAGCUGGAACUUCUACCGCUACGACUUUGGUAUCUAUGACGACGAUCUGGAGAUCAUCACUCUGGACAGCGGUGACUUCGAGGCGGCAGUGAACUCUGGAGAAAUGUGGUUCAUCAACUUCUACUCACCACGGUGUUCACACUGUCACCAGCUCGCUCCCACGUGGAGGGACUUUGCUAAGGAGAUGGACGGCGUGAUCCGGAUCGGAGCGGUCAACUGUGGAGACAACAACCACCUGUGCAGGAGGAGGGGCAUCAACAGUUACCCUAGUCUGUAUCUGUUCAAAGCUGCACAGAAACCAGAGAAGUUCCACGGUGAUCGCUCUAAAGACGAGCUCGUACGAUUCACCAUGAAGUUCAUCACCACCGCCGUCACCCGUCUGUGGCAGGGUAACGUGUUUGCUGAGGUGGAGACGGCGUUCUCGUCAGGGAUCGGCUGGAUCAUCACCUUCUGCUCUGACACCGGAGACUGUCUGGAGCCCAGAACGAGACAGAAGUUGGCAGGAAUGUUGGAUGGUCUGGUGAAGGUUGGAUGGAUGGACUGUGUCACAGAGGAGCAGCUCUGUCUCAGUUUCCAGGUGAACGGUGGAGCCACAGCUUUGUUUCCACCUGAAAGUUCUCUGGAUCUUCAGGGCAGCGUUCUGUGGCUGAAAACUCUGGACAGUAAAGAGAUUUACACUCAGGUCAUAGAACAUCUGCCUGAUCUGGAGCUGCUGACCACUCACAGUUUCCAGAGUAAACUGUCUCAUCAUCGCUGGUUGGUCAGUUUUACAUUCGGACACAGAAGCAGCUCCAACGACUACAAGAAGCUGCAGGCGCGUCUCAGAGACGACCACAUACAGGUUGGCAGAGUGGACUGUCUCACAGACUCUCAGCUGUGUCUCUGUCUGUCUGUGUGUGUGUCCUCAGGUUGGCAGAGUGGACUGUCUCACAGACUCUCAGCUGUGUCUCUGUCUGACUGUCUGUCUGUGUGUCCUCAGGUUGGCACAGUGGACUGUCUCACAGACUCUCAGCUGUGUCCUGUCUGUCUGUCUGACUGACUGACUGCCUGUGUGUCCUCAGGU